AUGGACCGAAAUGAUGUUAUCCAUAUAUUAAAUGGUUGUGGACUUUUCCCAGAGAAUGGAAUACAUGUCUUGGUAGAGCGAAGUCUUGUAACUAUAGAUGAUAAGAGCAAACUUGGAAUGCAUGAUUUGCUAAGAGACAUGGGAAGAGAAGUUAUUCGUUCAAAAUCACCAAUGGAGCUUGAGGAGCGUAGUAGGUUAUGGUUUCAUGAAGAUGUGCUUGAUGUGUUAUCAAAGGAAACUAUCUUAAAUGGCUUUGUUGGCAUGGAUUUCCUUUUGCCUUCAUACCACCAAGCUUUUAUCAAGGAAGUCUAG